GUCUUCAAGUCGGUUGUUGUAUAGCUGAUAGGCUGAUAGCUUUAUCGUGUCUUAGGAUUUCGGCAGCCUUAAGCUUCCUUAAUUUCGAAAAUGAAGGUUGGGAAAAGGAAUCCUGUAGUAUUAUGGCAAUUUAUUUGAUAAACUUGUAGUUGCUUUCUGAUUAAUUACUCACGCCCUUUCAUGGAAUUUUGCAGGAUCGUUAUACUAAAAUGAUCGGUUAUUUUAUUUUAUCUAUGUCUUCUAUUUCUCUCAAGCUUUGUGAUACAUUCUGGAAUUUGAAUACCAUGUUUUGUAAUUAAAAAGUGGGGUUUCGAUUGGCUAUAUAAACCCGAGAACCAUUAUGAUCCAGUGUUCUCUUCAGGGAUAAGUGAGGUUGUUUUAUUGCUCAGUUCUACUCAUCCUUUGAGAUACCGAUACUUCUUCAGAAAUAGGUUAGUUUAAGUUUGCAGAUUAUAUAGUUCCCCUGAUUUCUUGUUGUAUAGUCUUUGAGUUGAAUUUUAGAAAAAAUGAAUGUAGGGCCUAGUACUUCUGAAAUUGUUGAAUCAACUGAUGAAAUAGAUGCUGAAUUGAAAACGGGAGAACCUGGUAAGAGCUACUAUAUGCGAAAAUCAGGAAAUAAGUAUUCAAUUGAGGAUGACAUUAACCGUCUGUUUGAAGCAGUCAACAUUAGGACAUCAUCUAGGGUUUCAGGUUUCUCAAGGGAAAUUGGUAGAGAUGCUUUAUGGAAGCGUGCAAUGAAAAGACCAGUUAGAGUUGGUCCUUCUCAUGCUUCAGGAAUUGGAAUUUCUGAAUCUGUGAGUUUGAAGCAGGCACUUAGAGGAUUGUCUAUCUCUCAGGCAUCAGAGAUGGCUGCCAUGAAGAAGUGGUUAUCAAAACCAGUAGGUUCAUCAGGGGUCUCGGAAGCAGGAACUAUAAGAAGGUUGUACAGGGCUGUUGUAGUUGAAGAAAAUGGAUCUGGAGUUCCCCUUAAUGAAGGUAAAGGGAAUUUAGUGGAAAUCUCACUUGUUCCUGAAAAGAUCACAUCCUGUUCUUUGGAACAGAUUCCUGAAUCUUUGCAAGUGUCAAACAAGGAGGUUUUAAACCAAGAUUCAAGCCCUUCAGAUAAUGCAACAACAGAAAAAGCAACCACUAGAUUUCCGGCUGCAGAUCGGAUUGCUCAUUUGGUCAUGGAGUCUAAAAAUGAAGUUUCAGAAGCAGAACUUAAAAGGCUCAAUUCUAUUGGUUCUUCCACUGUUAAUCAUGCUGAUGAGGAAGCCAUGGAAAUUGGUUUUUCCUCUAUCCCAAUUUGUGUUCGAACUCCUUUGCCAGAUAAGGAGCCAAAGGUAAAGCUGCUUGCUGAAUCUUCUUCUCCUUCUGUUUCUAGUGCUUCUGGUAAGGUGAAGUCUGUUUCUGAAAAACCGCGACUAAUCAAGCCAGUCUUGAGGAACAAAAGCUUUUUGAGGAAGAAAGCAAAAGAGGAGUCAACUACCACUAGCAGCAGUUCGAAUUCCUGUAAUGUUUGUUUCAGCAAUGAUCUCAGUCCUAGUACUAGUUAUUCAGAUGGCCAAAUAGAAAAGCCUUCAGGCUAUGGAAGAAAGGAAAAUAUGAAAGUUUCUCAAGUUUCCAGCAGUACAAGUUGCAGUAUUGAAGUUAGCUCAAGCAUGGUGAGUACAAGUUUCAAAUUGAUUUCGAGUUCAAACUGUAGCAACAAAUCCAGACCAUCGUUGAUCGAAGCUGAUGACAGAUCAAGAUCAAGGGAAAAGGGAGAAUUUUCCCAAAGCUCGAAAAGUAGCAUUGGGGAGUGUAGUAGUAGCACAAUCACUAGUGAAGAAAGCAAUAUCAAUGAUUCUAGUCAGAUUGGUAGCAGACCUCACAUGUCAAAAAGUUUGAGGUGGGAAGCUAUUUGCUCCGUCCGGAAGCAGCAUGGAAGCUUGAGUUUGAAUCACUUCAAGCUUCUCAAGAAGCUGGGGUGCGGGGACAUUGGGACUAUUUAUCUUGCUGAGCUAACUGAUACAAACUGCUUAUUUGCUUUGAAAGUGAUGAACAAUGAAUUUUUGUUGAGCCACAAGAAGAUUCCUAGGGCACAAACAGAAAAGGAGAUUAUGCAAAUGCUGGAUCAUCCUUUUCUCCCCACACUAUAUGCCUACUUUGCAACAGAACAACUUUCUUGCUUGGUUAUGGAGUAUUGUCCAGGUGGUGAUUUGCACGUGUUACGACAGAAGCAACCUGGCAGGAGUUUCUAUGAACAAUCAGUAAGGUUUUAUGGUGCCGAAGUCCUCCUUGCAUUGGAGUACCUACACAUGUUUGGUGUUGUAUAUCGAGAUCUAAAACCAGAAAAUAUCUUGGUUAGAGAAGACGGUCACAUUAUGCUCACGGAUUUUGACUUGUCACUCAGAUGUGAUGCUAGUCCAGUGGUUCUUAAAUCCACUUCCUCCGUUGCUGGGCCUGCAGAGAAGACGUCAAGUCCAUGCUCUGAGUCAAGCUGUAUUGAGCCUUUCUGCAUCAAUCCAUCCUUUCAAGUACCAUGUUUCACUCCUAGGCUUCUAUCUCUUUCUUCCAAAUCAAGGAGGAUAAAAUCUGAUCUAGCUACUCAGAUUAACCCCAUGCCACAGCUUGUAGUGGAGCCAACCAGUGCCCGGUCAAACUCAUUUGUUGGAACACUUGAAUACCUUGCUCCAGAAAUCAUCAAAGGUGAAGGUCAUGGAAAUGCUGUUGAUUGGUGGACAUUCGGAAUCUUCUUGUUUGAGCUUUUGUACGGAAAAACGCCCUUCAAGGGUUCGGGAAACGAUGAAACACUAUCCAAUGUGGUGUCUCGUAGCCUUAGGUUUCCAAGCAGCCCUAUAGUUAGUUUUCAUGCAAGAGAUCUGAUACGAGGGCUUUUAGUUAAGGAGCCUGAGAACCGGUUAGGAUCAGUGAAAGGAGCUGCAGAGAUCAAACAACACCCUUUCUUUGAAGGCAUAAAUUGGGCUCUGAUACGUUGCGCAAUACCACCUGAGAUGCCAAGGGUCUGUGAAACUGGCAUCUGUGUGCCAGCCCCAGCUUUGCAGAAAAAAGAUAGCUCCAAAGGUGAUGAAUUGCAGGGCACCGAAGACCGUAUAGAGUUUGAUAUGUUUUAGAUAGGGCUUAUCUGAUGUGAGAAAAGGAAGCUCUUAUCUGGCUUCUCUUUUUAACAGUGAGUUUUCUUAUUCCGGUGUAUCUUAAUAUACAUAUAUAUACACUCUCACACUGUAAAUCGAAUUCAGAAAAAUGGUGACAAGUUAUUACUAUGA